AUGGGCCGUUUGUCACUGAUGUGUUUACUGAUAAGUUGUUUUUUGACAGAAAUAACAUGUUCUAAAGUUCCGUCGUGCUCAUGUACCGACAAAGAUCUGUGUAAGGCACUGCCUAAAGCAAAGCCCAAGCAAAACAUGGAGGCAUACAUUGUGACAGAAGGGAAGUCCUCACAUACAGAAUGGGCGUGGGAGCAUAUCACCAUGGUUCUUAAUGAAGGAGACGACAACCAGCAACUCAUGUGUCAUGCACAUUCACUUGGUGUGGGAUAUGCAAUCAUGGAAAAGAUACCUGUCUAUGAUAAUUACACCGACAACAAUGAUUACUCUACUUGGGUAGAAAACAUCGGAAACCAUGCUAAGUUAAUGUUUGCUGAUGGUGUUGCACUCAACUUACUUAGCCUGUUGGGUCAGUGUGAAGCCGGUGCCCAGCAUGUUGAUAUCGUCACCGAUGCAGUAGCUCAGGUUUACCGUAAAAUCAAGGCAGAAGGAUGGCCAAAGCUUUUCUGCAUUGUUCCAUGGAUGCCACCCUGUUACCAAGGACAUUGUCACCUGACAGCAGCACUUCAUUCUUAUUGUGACUACUUCAUGACAAAUCCUGAUAGCUAUGUUACCUCCUGUAAUCUACAGUGUAGAGCACAAGCUACAAUCCCAAAGGGGAGAAUGGUGUUAGGUAUUGAUGAGUACCUGUCAGUUGGUGUCCCUAAAAACAAGUUGUUGAUGGGUAUACCUUGGCAUGGGUAUGACUACAAAUGUAAUAAAGAUGAAUUCUGAUUAUUGUUUUAGAUAACAAAAGAUCACAACAGAAUAUGUGUGCUAUCUAAGAAGAACGGCAGCAACGAGUGUGACUUUAUCGGGUCUCGUACUCGAACGUCACUUGGUGAUAUCAUGGCCAAUUAUCCAAAACAAUUCUCCAAACACAACUGGGAUGGUCUGCAAGCAGCACCCUAUUUCACGACAAAUUUCCAGAACCAGACUGUGAAUGAGACACAUUCCUUGUGGUUUGAGGCUAUGGAUAGUUUGUUGGACAAGUAUCACUUUGUCAAGGAAGUUGGGUUGGAAGGUGUGGUGGUUUGGUCAGGUGAUGAUCUAUCUGGCAAAAUUACAGAUGCCAAGAACAUAAUGGUGUGGAACUGGAUGAUUCACACCCUUUUCCUGACUGGUACCACAGUGAAUACCAAACAGAUGGAUAUGGCAGGUAAAGCUGCUGGUAUUGGAGUGGGCUGUUUCCUUGGAGGAUGUCUGUUCGGUUUCCUCAUCACAUUUAUUGCCCACCAAAAACGAAUGAAGAAAAUGAGAAUGAGGAGACCAUUUGAAAAAGACAACUUUUCAGAUGACGACUACCAUGAUGAUGAUAAUGCUUUGUGA